AUGCUUCGCCCCGAGGACCCGAUCGAACGUUCCAGCGAGACCCAGCAUGGCCUGCAUCCUGACGGCCCCAUCGAGCCAGACAGCAAGCACGAGAACGAAGCACACCACCACCACCUCCUCCAAGCCCUCAAGCGAACCCAGGACCUUCUCGGACCCGAACACCCCCUCACCCUCAUCGCGAUACGCAACCUCGGCCGCCACCUCCACAACAGCGGCAACUACGAAGACGCGGAGACCCUGUAUCGCCAGGCGCUAGAGGUCACCGAGCGGCUGCUGGGACCGGAGAAUCCGCACACACUCGCCGGCAUCACCGACCUGGCGAUCGUCGUCACCCACCGCGGCAGGUACAUGGAUGCGGAGAUCAUGCACCGACGGGUGCUGCAGAUUAAGGAGAGGGUCCGUGGGGUUGCGCAUGAGGACACGCUCGUCACGUUGGGGAAUCUGGGGCUGGUGGUCGAGCAGCAGGGGCGGUACGAUGAGGCGGAGGGGAUGCAUCGCCGAGCGUUGCCCUGCGGGUUGGAGCAGCGGCUGGGCUCGGCGCAUCCGCAGACCUUGAUUGUGAUGGAGCAUCUUGGGUGCUGUCUGGACAGUCAGGGGAGGUACGAUGCAGCCGAGGGGAUUCAACGACGGGUUCUAGAGGGGUGGGAGGUGGCGUUCGGGGAUGGCCAUCUGCAGACGCUGAUUAGUGUGGGGAAUCUCGCGGUGACGCUGCUGAAUCAGGGCAAGCAUGCGGAGGCGGAGGAGAUGCAGCGACGGGCGCUGCAGGGGUCGGAGAGGCUGCUGGGGUCGAAUCACCCAGACACGUUGACGCGGAUGGGGAAUCUGGGGAAUGUGCUGAGCUGUCAGGGUCGAGACCCGGAGGCGGAGGUGAUUCAUCGAGGGGUUCUGCGCGCCAGGGAGGAGGUCCUUGGCCCGGAGCACCCGAAUACCCUGACUGGGGUGGGUAAUCUGGGGCUCAUCCUCGAUAAACAGGGGAAGUAUAGCCAGGCAGAGGAGAUGCAUCGACGUGCGGUGAGGGGAUGGACGAGACUCAUGGGACCCCAGCAUCCGUACACUCUGAACAGCCUGCGGAAUCUGGCCGCGGUACUGGAGGCCCAGGACAGGCACGCGGAGGCUGAGGAGGUAUACCGCCAGGCUGAGCCGAUGGCAACGAGAUAGAUGGCUCUUGUCCGUGCGGACGGGUUCAUCGUGCAUGUCCGGGGUAUGGCGAGUUGCGUAGGGAGCGAGUAGUGGAUAGGUUGACGUGAGGCCAGGGUCAAUAUGAUAGAC